CUCACCAUCGGAGACGCGAAUGGCGAGAUCCAGAGACACACAGAGCAGCAGGCACUGCGCCUCGAGGUCCCCACUGGGCAGGACACCGCCUGCAUCGCCCUCUACAGCCAUGAAGAUGUUUGUGUGUUUAAGUGCUCCAUGUCCAGAAUGCAGCCGAGUUGGAAAGCAGUCCUUCAUCAUCAUCCCGGGAUGUAACAGCGUCCUUAUACAAUUUGCCACACCUAAUGAUUUCUGUUCAUUAUACAAUAUUCUGAAAACCUGUCGAGGUCACAACUUAGAGCACUCUGUCUUCAGUGAGCAGACAGAAGAAUCCUCUGCUGUGCAGUACUUCCAGUUCUAUGGCUACCUGUCACAGCAACAGAAUAUGAUGCAAGAUUAUGUACGAACAGGCACGUAUCAAAGGGCAAUCCUGCAGAACCAUAGUGAUUUUAAAGACAAGAUUGUCUUAGAUGUGAGUUGUGGCUUGGGGAUCCUGUCUUUUUUUGCUGCUCAGGCAGGAGCAAGAAAAGUCUAUGCAGUGGAAGCAAGCAUCAUGGCUCAGCAUGCUGAGGUUUUAGUAAAGAGUAACAACCUCACAGACCGAAUUGUGGUCAUUCCUGGAAAGGUGGAGGAAAUCUCACUUCCCGAGCAGGUGGACAUAAUUAUUUCAGAGCCAAUGGGCUACAUGCUUUUCAAUGAAUGUAUGUUGGAGAGCUACCUCCAUGCCAAGAAGUUUAAGCCUAGUGGGAAUAUGUUUCCAACUAUUGGGGAUGUACAUCUCGCACCAUUUACAGAUGAGCAGCUCUACACGGAACAGUUUACCAAGGCCAAUUUUUGGUAUCAGUCAUCUUUUCAUGGAGUUGAGUCAACACUUAGAAGAGCAGCAGUAGACGAGUAUUUCAGACAGCCUGUCGUGGACACCUUUGAUAUCAGGAUUUUAAUGGCUAAGUCAGUAAAAUAUACGGUGAAUUUAGAAGCCAAAGAAGGUGAUUUGCACAGGAUAGAAAUCCCAUUCAAGUUCCACAUGCUGCACUCAGGACUUGUCCAUGGUUUGGCUUUCUGGUUUGAUGUAGCCUUCAUUGGUUCAAUAAUGACAGUGUGGCUAUCCACAGCACCCACAGAGCCUCGGACUCACUGGUACCAAGUUCGGUGUUUGUUUCAGUCUCCACUUUUUGCAAAGGCUGGGGACACGCUCUCAGGGACAUGUCUGCUCAUUGCAAAUAAGAGACAAAGCUAUGACAUCAGUAUUGUUGCCCAGGUGGAUCAGACGGGUUCUAAAUCCAGUAACCUCCUGGACCUGAAAAACCCUUUCUUUAGAUAUACAGGUACGACGCCAUCUCCUCCUCCUGGCUCCCACUAUACGUCUCCCUCUGAAAACAUGUGGAACACAGGCAGUGCCUACAAUCUGAGCAGUGGGAUGGCUGUGGCUGGGAUGCCAAUGGCCUACGACCUGAGCAGUGUUAUUGCUAGCGGGACCAGCGUCAGCCACAACAACCUUAUCCCUUUAGGAUCCUCCAGUGGCCAGAGUGGAGGUGGCUCCAGCACUCACUACCCAGUCAACAGCCAGUUUACUAUGGGGGGCCCCGCCAUCUCCAUGGCCUCCCCUAUGUCUAUCACCACCAACACAAUGCAUUAUGGGAGCUAAAAGUCCACCUCUGAUCUGAACUGACCACACCAGGAAAUCAAAUGAAGAUUUCCCCUUCCUCCCACCUUGGUGGACUGUGCCCUCUCCCUAACCCCUGCCCUAAUAGGGCAGUUUUUACCCUUGUACCAUAGAAACAAACACCCAGUCAGCUCCUUCUUUGA